AGCUUUUUUGCUGAUUAAGAACGGUAGAAUCAUCUCGGCGUAUGAAUAUAAAUAUUGCUGACAAUAAGUGUUAAAAAUCAUUGCGUGGAGUAGUUUCAAUCGGGUAAUAACACUUUCAUCAAACAGUUGUGACAAUUUGUGAGUGCUCAAUAACGAAAUGUUUAAAUUGUGGUCGUUGUUUUUGUUAAUCGCCUGUGGAUACGUGCAUGGCGCGAAGCAUUUAACCGAGCAACCAAGCUUCCUCCAACCAUGCCCAUCCUCAGACACCCAAUGUUUCACCAAAAGCAUUCAAACAUUUUGGUCACAACUUAAAACUGGAAUCCCUGGAUUAAGCAGUAUUCCAAAACUCGACCCACUAAGAAUUAACAAGGUUAACGUAGUGCAAGAUCAAGCCCAAAACGUGAAUGUGUCCGCUACGCUAACCAAUGCCGAAAUCACCGGAAUGGCUGAUACUAUUGUCAAAAAUGCCAAAUACGACAAACAAAAGGGUAUUUUCUCGUUUGAUCUUGAUUUCCCUAAACUUAAAAUGGUAUCAGACUAUGCUCUGAAGGGACGAAUUUUACUUUUACAACUUAAUGGCCAAGGAAAAAUGUACAUGUCAGCAGAAAACACUGAAGCCAGAUUGAAUGUCCUUACCGAAGUAGUCGAAGAAGAUGGUGAGAAAUUCUUCCAUGUCAAGGCUGUAAGGAUGCACUACAAACUGAAAAGUGUAAAAACUAAAUUGGAAAAUCUGUUCAAUGGAAACAAGGAACUAGAGGAUAGUGCUAAUCAGCUAUUCAAUGAAAACUGGGAGGAAUUGAACGUAGCAUUCGAACCAGUUCUGACCAAAACUGCAGAAGAAAUUCUCCUAAACUCUAUGCGCAAGAUCUUCCAUUACAUUCCAGCCAAAUAUGUUAUCAAUGACGUUUAAGUCACCAGGAAUGAAGAGAAACGCGUUUAUAAAGUUGUUUUUGUUUAAACUUUGCAUUUAAGGAAUAUUGUAGUUAAUACUUGAAAAUAAAAGUUUCGAAAUUGAUUACCUAAAAAAA